AUGGAGACCGUUUCCAAGGACGAGAUUGCCACGGCGAAUGCGCUCAAGCGCCAGGGCACUCAAGUUCAGCCUUUCGACGCCUCUGAGCAAUUGCUGACGGGUUUCCAAAUAUGGACAGACGCGGCACCCAGCAUCAAGGAAAAUCCUGCGCUGCUGUUCGUGAAAUGCCUCGUACAACAAGGCUCCACGAAGACCACGCUUGUUUGCACGCAGAUUGACCCCGCUCCGCCGGCCGGCCAGGAGAAGGCGACCUUUGAAGUGCCCAUUGACAGAGCAUGGAACACGAACGCCCAGCUUGACCCCCUGACCUACGGCGACAUUGGUAUGCUUCCGCAGACCAAUAUCCCCUGUGUUCUUGACUACCUUCGUCACCGUUUCAUGAACAACCAAAUCUACAGCACUGCUGACCCUCUUCUUGUGGCGAUCAACCCCUUCAAGAACCUCGGAAACGCCACCGAUGCAAUCAUCAAGAACUACAAGGACGCGCCCGACUCACUGAAAUUGGCUCCUCACGUUUUCUUGACUGCCAGGCGCGCCUUGGAGAAUGUCUACGACUACAAGUACUCCCAGACCAUCAUCGUGUCUGGAGAAUCUGGUGCCGGCAAGACCGAGGCCACCAAGCAGAUGAUGCGAUACUUCGCCUACAAGAGCGAUGGACAGAGCAACAGCAAGAUCCAGACCGCCAUCAUGGCUGCCAACCCUGUGCUGGAGGCCUUCGGUAACGCCAAGACCAUCCGCAACAACAACUCGUCGCGUUUCGGUCGUUUCAUGCAGCUCGAUGUUGCUGAGGAGGGUGGUAUUCGUUACGGUUCCAUUGUUGCGUUCUUGCUGGAGAAGUCCCGUAUCGUCACCCAGGAUGCCGAUGAGCGCUCGUACCACAUCUUCUACCAGCUGUUGAAGGGUGCCAGCCCUGAGAUUAAGAGCAAAUACAAGCUUAUGGGCAUCAGUGACUACAAGUUCCUGAACCCGAAGUGCCAGGACGUGCCCGGUAUUGACGAUGUCGCUGACUUCAAGGAGGUGAUGCAGUCCUUCGAGAACAUGGGCCUGAGUGAGGACCAGAUCGGCACCAUCUACUCGUUGCUGUCCGGUAUCCUGUUGAUGGGUAACGUCGAGAUAGGCGCCACCACCGUGGAAGGUGUUGACGACGCUGCCACCAUCGUGAACAAGUCCGUGUUCACCGAUGCUUGCCAGCUGAUGUUCUUGGACCCCAACCAGCUUGAGACUGAGUUCACCAUCAAGGUGACCAGCGCCGGCAACAACCAGAUCCGCGGUCCCCGCAAACAGAGCGACGCUGAGGUCCUCAAAUCGAGUAUUUGCAAGGCCAUGUACGAGCGCUUGUUCCUGUGGUUGAUCCGCAACCUUAACCGCUCCAUUGAGCCUCAGGGCGGCUUCAAGAACUUCAUUGGUAUGCUUGACAUUUUCGGUUUCGAGGUGUUCAAGAACAACUCGCUCGAGCAGCUGUUCAUUAACAUCACCAACGAGAUGCUUCAGACCAACUUCGUCGACAUCGUGUUCAAGCGCGAGGGUGCGUUGUACAAGUCGGAGGGCAUUCCCAUCCCCGAGCUCAACUACACCAGCAACGCCGCCAUCAUCGAUGUUCUGUGCGCGAAGGGCAAGUCCGUCCUGUCCCUGCUCGAGGACCAGUGCCUCGCCCCCGGUGGCAGCGACGAGAAGCUCGUGAGCGCGUGCAACAACCAGCUGAAGGACAACAACAAGUACUUGCCCGCCAAGGUCGGUGCUCAGCUCAACUUCAACGUCGUGCACACCAUUGGCACCAUCCAGUACAAUGCGCAGUCAUUCAUCUUCAAGAACAAGGACGUGUUGACCGCCGAGCUAGUCGAGUGCGUGAACGCCUCUCCCAACCAGACCAUCAACAACCUGUUCGAGAACGUCAAUGUGACCCGCGGCAAACUGGCGAAGGGCCAGCUUAUCGGCUCGCAGUUCAUGUCCCAGUUGGACGCUUUGAUGAAGCUUAUCAACAGCACCGACUCACACUUCAUCCGCUGUGUCAAGCCCAACGAGUCGAAGCAGCCGCUUGAGUUCAACAACGUCAAGAUCCUCGUCCAGCUCCACGCCCUCAGUAUCAUCGAGGCGCUGCAGCUCCGCAAGCUCGGUUACUCCUACCGCCGCCCCUACGAGCUGUUCUUGGAGCAGUACAAGUAUGUCGACCUCGGCAUCACCAACGACAAGUCCCUCGACCCCAAGACUGCCUCUCAGCGCCUAGCGGAGUCCGUCGGACUCAAGGCCGGUCAGUACGCCCUGGGCAAGACUAUGAUGUUCCUCACCCAGAAGGUGGCGAAGGAGCUGACUGUGGUUCAGCGCCAGCGCCUCAGCGUAUGGGAGCCCAUCACCGCCAUGCUGGACGCGUGGCUCACCCGUCAAGCCGCCAAGAACCAGCUGCUCGCCUCCAUGGAAGGCAUCGUCCGCCUCCAGGCUCACCUGCGCCGCCGCAUCGUGCAGUGCAAGGUAACGCCCUCCCCCGAUCAAAUGUUGAGAAUGCAGAUCAAUGCCUGA